AUGGAAACAUUUGCAUUUUGUUCAUUUUUGCAGCUGGACUCUGAUGGCGUCAUUACUAUAGAGGAGCAGAUUGUCCUUAUUAUGAAAGCUAAAGUGCAAUGUGAACAGAACAUCACAGCCCAGCGCCAGGAGGGAGAGGGCAACUGUUCCCCGGAAUGGGAUGGACUCAUCUGUUGGCCCAGAGGAACAUUGGGGAAAAUAUCGGCUGUCCCAUGCCCUUCUUAUAUCUAUGACUUCAAUCAUAAAGGCGUUGCUUUCCGACAUUGCACUCUCAAUGGAACUUGGGAUUUUAUUCGCAGUUUGAAUAAAACACGGGCUAAUUAUUCUGACUGUUUUCCGCAGCCAGAUAUCAGCACAGGAAAGCAAGAAUUCUUUGAAAGCCUUUAUAUCUUGUACACUAUCGGCUAUUCCAUCUCCUUUGGUUCCUUGGCUGUGGCUAUUCUCAUCAUUGGCUACUUCAGACGAUUGCAUUGCACUAGGAACUACAUCCAUCUGCACUUAUUCGUGUCCUUCAUGCUGAGAGCUAUCAGCAUCUUUGUAAAGGACAAAGUGGCCCAGGCUCACCUGAGAAUUGGGGAACUUCAGUCGCUGAUGGUACAGGAUGACCCACAAAGUCCCAUUGGAGUGCCUUCUGUGGACAAAUCACAAUAUAUCGGGUGCAAGAUUGCUGUUGUGAUGUUUAUUUACUUCCUGGCUACAAACUACUAUUGGAUCCUUGUGGAAGGUCUCUACCUGCAUAAUUUAAUCUUUGUGUCUUUCUUUUCGGACACCAAAUACCUAUGGGGCUUCAUCUGGAUUGGUUGGGGGUUUCCAGCAGCAUUUGUUGUGGCCUGGGCAGUGGCACGAGCAACUCUGGCCGACACCAGGUGCUGGGAACUUAGUGCUGGAGACAGGUGGAUUUAUCAGGCCCCAAUCUUAGCAGCUAUUGGAUUGAAUUUCAUUCUGUUUCUGAAUACUGUCAGAGUUCUGGCCACUAAGAUUUGGGAGACCAACGCAGUUGGGCACGACAUGAGAAAGCAAUACAGGAAGCUCGCCAAGUCAACGCUGGUCCUGGUUCUGGUCUUUGGCGUGCACUACAUCGUGUUCAUCUGCCAGCCGCACUCUUUCACCGGGCUCUGGUGGGAAAUCCGCAUGCACUGCGAGCUCUUCUUCAACUCUUUUCAGGGUUUCUUUGUGUCUAUUGUCUACUGCUACUGCAAUGGAGAGGUUCAGGCUGAGGUGAAGAAGAUAUGGAGUAGGUGGAAUCUGUCCAUGGACUGGAAAAGGACGGCACCAUGUGGCAGCCACAGAUAUGGCUCAGUACUCACCACUGUGACACACAGCACCAGCAGCCAGUCACACGUGGCGGCCAGCACUCGCAUGGUGCUCAUCUCUGGCAAACCCAAGACUGCCAGCAGACCCCCUGACAGCCACGUGACUCUACCUGGCUAUGUCUGGAGUAAUUCGGAACAGGACUGCCUGCCACACUCCAUCCAUGAGGAGACUAAGGAGGAUAGCAGGAGGCAGGGAGAUGACAUUCGAGUGGAGGAGUCCUCCAGGCCAUUGGAAUUUAAUCUAGGGGCGGAGGAAUGCAAGGGAGAAACUGAGGAUGUCCUCUGA